CGUCAAUGCGGCUGACCUGCGACCAAGGCCCAGUUGUGUCAGGACGACGUUGCAUCUACAGUGGCUGCGGAGACAACGCUUCUAUUCUUGUUCCGCUGAAGCCGUUAGUUCGUACAAGAUCUGGUUUGAGGAUGAGCAGUGAUCCAAGCUUGCCAUCGUCGCGGGGGAAGCCUCUGAAUUGGAUACUAUGUCAUUUCCCUUGACUUUUGAUGAUCAGGUUCUGAUGUACAGCGAGUGGAGAAGUGAUUGUCAUCGAUCAGAUAUUCUGCAGGUUGUGCCUGGAAACUGGAAUCGGUGGAUUGAAACUAAUGAACCAAGCACAGCUUUCGUUUUUGGAGUCGUUUCGAUUAGUAAAUGAUGCUGGAUUUGUUGGUGAAGGCGUUCGCGUGCGAAGAGUGGCAGAUAUUCUGAAUACAUCACUUGGAAGUGGCGGCGGAUUUUUUGGUAGAGUAAGAGUUGGAAAGGUAGAAUUAAUCAUUGAUGUUUGUGGAAUGCGGGUAUUGCAAUCCACGAAGACGGCAACGCAGGGCAGGCAGAACUAAGAGCUGUGGAAGUGCACAGGAAAAUUUUGGUGAAUCAGAGGGAUUACAAUGGAACAAGUGUGAUUUUUUCAUUUUGUUUCCUUUCAGCGCAGUGUCGAACAGGAAGGCGGAAUCCAUUUCGGUUAUUCUAACCGACGCAUGUUAUUCCACUUCAUAUGCAAAGAGAUUCCGCCAAUGUGACCUUCAACAGGCACAGGAGCCCUUGGCGAAGGCGACUUGGGGGAUGACUGGCAGCUUAGCACUAGCAUUGCGUUGAUGAGGGUCAGCGUCGAGAGGUUUAGACAUGGGCGGGGAGGGAGCCGCCUCAAAGACAGACUAGCAGGCCUCAUUCUUCUCUAGUUCGCUCUCAUGUGAUCCUCUUCGAAGAACCGCUACGCUGAAAAGGUUAGCCUUUAGCAAGAGCGGUUGAGGUGCAGAAUUGUGCUCAAUAAUACGCAUGCUUUGUUACGAUUCAAUCAAUCAUUUUGAAAUAAAUCUCAUAGCUUAGAGUCGGUAUAGAUUGCUGAGUGAAGUAUCUUCUUCCUCUUUCAGCAUUUAGUUGGUUUUUGGAAUGUUGCGAAUAGGGCGAUGGAUGGGCAGGUUGUGGUCAGUGCUAGUUUUAGUGGCUCUGAUUUGGAGCUUCCCUUCUUCUUCGGCUACACCUGAAGCCGACGCACUUGUUAAGGUGGCAUCAUCAUGGGGGCAGCUCUUUCCGACAUGGAUGGGGUCCGACCCCUGCGUGAAUUGGGAACGGGUGACUUGCUCGAUGGGGCAAGUCGUGGAGUUCUCUGUAUUUUGCGCAGGAAUUUGAGCGCCGCUGGAUUGUCAGGGCCGGUUCCUCCAGAAAUUGGUCGUCUUACUUCGUUGAGAAAGUUGGAUCUCAGCAACAACGCGAUCAGCGGCCCUAUCCCGUCGCAACUGGCGCUUCUGCAAAAUCUUCAAAUGCUGAGCUUUUAUCGAAAUCCUUUGAAUUCACCAUUCUCAAUGGAAAUUUUGCAACUGAGGAACCUGACUGAGCUGAGGUACGAUGUUGCAGGAAUUACUGGUCCCAUUCCGGAGUCUAUUUCAAAUCUUCAGAAGCUGGAAAUAUUGUUUCUAGGUAACAAUUCAAUUGUUGGACCAUUGCCAGCUAAGAGCCUUGGAUCACUCGUGAACUUAAAACAACUGACUUUGUGGGGAGGCCAAAUGAAAUCCCCAAUUCCACCAGAGUUCGGCAACUUGGUGAACCUACAAUACUUGAAUCUGCACACUUGUACCCUUUGGGGAGGGCUUCCACGAUCGUGGUCGAAUAUGAGGAACAUAAGUAAAAUGCUAAUAUAUAAUAAUGACUUAACGGGAUACAUUCCAGACUCCUGGCAGUCUUUGACUACAUUAAGAGAAUUGCACAUUGGCCAAAAUGCUCUCUCUGGUCCUUUCCCAGAAUGGAUAGUGAAUAUUCCCAUUGCAAAACUGGAGAUGUCAAGAAAUUCUUUUCAAGGACCACUUCCUACGUUUACCCCAACUAUGCCUCUAGUGAAUGCAACUCAGACGAAUAUAAGCCUAUAUUGUAACUAUUUCAAUGGGAGUUAUCCUACGUUUGAAUUGGGAGGCCUUGUAAAUGUUACAGGCAAUUGUUUCACCAAUGUGCCAACGAGGGAGACGGACAACACUAGGAAUGUCUGUAAUCGACAGUUUUUCUGCAGAGAUUUCUACAUGAGGUUGGACAAUGGCUGUGCUCCUUGUCCAGCUGGAAAUUACAUUUAUGAUGACUUGUCAAUUUGCACUUGCAAGCCUGCAGAUUAUGUUGAGCCAUUUGUUGAACAGGUAAAUAGAUUCCCAUAUGAGGCAGUGAUUGGCGGUAUGGUUGGAUCACUUUCAAUGGUGUUGGUGGUGGUCGGUCUUUGUAGAUGGGACCCCAUACAUAAGCGUCUCCCGUUCGAUCCCUUUGCGUUGUUUACUAUAAACGAAGAGGAUUAUGAAUGGGAUGUUCCAAAAGGCGUUCAUAGAUUCACCAUAGCAGAGCUUGUCAAGGCAACAGGGAAUUUUGAUAAGCAGCAUGAAAUUGGAGCAGGUGGUUUUGGAAAAGUGUUUUUUGGAACUCUAGCGGAUGGCAAGACUGUGGCUAUCAAGAGGGCAUCAAGUACAAGUUUUCAGGGCCAUGUUGAGUUUAGAAAUGAGGUCAACUUGCUCAGCCGAUUGCAUCAUCGUCAUCUUGUUCGCUUGGAGGGGUUUUGUGAAGAUCAAAAUCUUCAGAUACUAGUGUACGAAUACAUGAAGAAUGGUAAUUUGGGCGAGCAAAUAGCACGAUUGAAAGAAGGGAAGGUUAUGGGGUGGUACAAGCGCUUGGAAAUCGCUGUUGGUGUUGCUCAAGGCUUGGAUUACCUACAUUCAUUUGCGGAUCCUCCUGUCAUACACAGAGAUAUAAAGCCCACUAACAUUCUCCUCGACGAGCAUAUGGUAGCCAAAGUUGCGGACUUCGGCAUUUCAAAGGCUACGCUAGAGUUGGAUACUCAUAUUUCGACCAGGCCUGCUGGCACUGCUGGAUAUUUAGAUCCAGAGUACAUGCUAAGGCGGCAGUUAACCACUGCAAGUGACGUUUACGGCUACGGUGUGUUAUUGUUGGAGAUCAUCACUGGACAACAGGCAAUCGAUCAUAGCCGGAAAGAAGAAUUCAAUCUAGUUGAAUGGGUAAAACCAAGAUUCCGUGACAGAGGACUUGAGGCAAUUGUGGACGAGGCUUUGGGUGAGGACUAUGACAAGGAGGUAUUCACCAACAUGACUAAUGUUGCAUUGAUGUGCGCAUCGUUCAGCAAGAACGAUAGGCCAACUAUGAAGGAUGUAGUGAGCUAUCUAGAGCCACAUCUUCGAGGGGUUCAACUGAGCCGCACAAACUCAGAAACAGAAGCUCAUUCCAGAAGAAGUAUGCUCCAAGCAAGCGACUUGGAACGAAUUGUGGCAUCAGGACGGCAUUCCGGAGUCCUCUUGAGGAGCAUGCGAUUCAUGACGACAGUGCCCUUGCACACACCUGCUACCAGUUUUGUCAGUGCGUCCAGCACGGAGGUGGAUGCCACUGGUAUCGCUUCAACAUUGCUGCCCAGAUAGAUAACCAAGCUGCUUCAUUCAACGGCACUCGCAAACACAAACAUACAACCCACAUUUUUCUAACAUAGUAUUGCAGCCAUUAUCAUGAUAUUGUGUGUGAUCCACAGUUGCGAAGGUAUUGUUCACGGACAAAUCCUUCUAUGCUCUUCUUUAUUUAUGGAUAUACAUGUAUAUUUUGAUCAAUUGCAAGUUCAGUUUUCAAUUGGGUACUUACGGUUAGGAUCCGAAUCAGUGUAACCUAUGAAACAUCUCUUGGGUGGAUAUGAGUAGUGGUAGUAGUAGGAGUUCUUUAAGUGCUGUACAAUUUUUUUGCUCUAAACAAUUUCAUUCGUAUCGUUUUGACACACCAAACAUUUUU